CUGACAAGGAAUUCGGCCUUGAAAUCUAUUGAUUGCAAGCAUUUAUUCCUGUCCAUCAACGUUCAAACUAUAGUAAUUAGCGUAAAUUGAAUAGUAAUUUGCAAUACAACUCAUGGACCAGAUUGAGCAAGCCGUUCUUUGUGCUCUCAGCCCCAAUGUGGAUCCAGCCCUGAAGCUGCAGGCAAAUACGUAUUGCGAGCAAAUCAAGGACUCUCCUGACGGCUGGCAAAUGUGCCUCUCCCUUUUUGUUAAAGAACCCAAGGCCAUCCCACAAGCCCGUUUCUUUGCUCUUCAGGUGCUGGAACUCACCUUUCAAACCAGAUUUGAUUCACUAGAUCAAGCUGCUGUGGAAUACAUCCGACAAACCUUAAUGGAAUACGUUGCUCGAGAAUAUGGUGUGUCUAAUACAAGCGAGCCGGAAGUACCAUUCUUGCGUAACAAGGCCGCUCAAAUUUUAACGCUGCUCUUCAGCAAUGUAUAUCCCACGAUAUGGCCUACAUUUUUUGAUGAGCUUAUUGCCUUGACGGAAACUCCCAGCAAAUCUCCAACCAAUGCUAAAGCAACCGAUUUUUUCCUUCGAGUGUCCCUUUCAGUUGAUGAGGAAAUCGCUAGACAAGACAUUCAGCGUAGUCGUGAUCAAGUCAAUCGCAAUACGUUGCUCAAAGAUGCUAUGCGAGAACGAGAUAUUCCCAAAUUGGCUGCAAAAUGGUUUGAAGUUCUGCAAGAAUAUCGAACCCGAGAUGCCGGAAUUGCUGAAUUGGCGCUCGGAGUCAUUGGCAGUUAUGUUGCGUGGAUGGAUAUAUCACUUGUCGUCAACGAUCAAGUUAUGACUGCCUUGUAUCAGAUGCUAGGAGAGGAGCAGUUGCGUAUUGCUGCUUGCGAAUGCUUGGCUGAGGUUGUAUCGAAGGGCAUGAAGCCGCUCGACAAGCUGAGCUUAAUACAAAUGCUUAAUAUCACCGAUACUUUGAAUCAAUUAGAUCUGUCCGAUGCCGAUUUUGGCGAACAUGUUGCAAAACUUAUCAACGUCUUGGGUUGCGAACUUUGUCAAAUUUACGCAGAAAAUGCUCUACCAGCAGAAGCAAAGACUGCUGCAUACGCUUUGAUUGAAAAGACAUGGCCAUUCUUACUCAAAUUCCUUGGUGAUGAAGAUGACGAUUCAUCUUGCGCCGUCUUAAAUUUCGUCAACGACACUUUGUCUUUGUAUAAGAAGCAGAAGAAAGCAAGGAUUCCGUUCAUUCAGUCUCAGUGGGACUUUCUGCUGUCACUGCUUGGCGUUAUUAUGAUGAAGAUGAAGUACGAUGAGGAUACGGAGUGGUCUGACGAAAGCGAAGAACCUGAAGAUGAAGCCCUAUUUAUGGAAAUGAGAAAGAAUCUCAAGGUAUUUGCUGACUCCAUCGCCACCAUCAAUGAAGACCUCUAUGUAGGGUACAUCCGAUCAAUGGUCCUUGGUACCUUAGAAAAGUAUGAGGCUGGCGCUAGCUUGGAUUGGCGUGAAGUGGAAUUAUGUCUAUACACAUUGUACUUGUUUGGCGAAUCGUUGGGAAAAAGUGUCAUGGUAUUUGUCGACCGUCAAAAUGACCGUAAUCUUACCCCUCUUGGUGAGCUGGUGUCCAGAAUGGUUACAUCAGGUGUCUCGUCAUACCCGCAUCCUUCCGUUCCUCUUCAAUUCUUUGAAAAUGCAGUUCGCUAUUAUCAGUUCUUUGAAGUUCGCCCGGAAGGUAUACCUCAAGUCUUGGCCGCCUUCGUUGACGCUCGUGGACUUCAUCAUCCUUUGAAACAAGUGCGAUCCAGAUGUUGGUACCUGUUCCAUAGAUACGUCAAGGGCUUGUCUCCAAAGAUGAAUAAUUUUGUGGAAGAAGUGUUGUCAUCCAUGGGUGAUUUGUUGGUGAUCGAAGCGGAAAUACCAGUUGAAACCAAUACCUCUGAUGGAGGAAAGAUUCCUGCCGCUUCCACUUUUGAUAGUCAGCAAUAUCUCUUUGAAACAGUUGGUGUUUUGAUAUCAUUAGAAAGUGUUCCCGAUGCGAAGCAACAAGAGUAUCUUGAAAUCGUGCUCAACCCGUUGGUGAAAGGCAUUCAAAGCAGCAUGUCUGCCGAGCGCUAUAAUCCAGAAGACGAGCUCUUUACUCUACAGCUACAUCACUAUAUCCAGGCGAUUGGAGCAGUUGCAAAAGGCUUCCCUGAUGUUCCUAAAGGUGGUACCUGCAAUCGACAAUGGGUGCCUGUCUUCAUGCAAGCCAACGAAAUUAUUUUGAAUGUACUUCAGGCUCUCAACCGUUUCGCUGUCAUUCGCGAUGCGGCAAGAUUUGCAUCCGGGCGACUUAUUGGCUGCCUCGGAGGAGAAAUGCUUCCAUAUCUUCCAGCCCUGAUCAAUUCGCUAUUGAAUGAGUGCCUUGUGAACGAAUUAGUUGACUUCUUGCCAUUCAUUUCUUUGAUUGCUCAUAAGUUCAAGCCUAUGAUUUUCAAUGUAUUGGACGAACUCCUGCUUCCUUUGGUUAAGCGGGUAUUUGAUUUUUUGAAUACUUCGCCUUCUGGAACAGACGAAGCAUUACUUUUGUCGGAUCUACGAAAAGCCUAUUUAACCUUCAUUACGAAUUUGUUCAACUAUGAACUCGAAGGAGUAUUGGUUAGCGACACAAAUUUCCCUCAUCUCAACAUGAUCUUGCAAACUAUCCUUCAUUUUGCAAAAGACAACAGUGACACGAGCACACAGAAGAUGGGCUUUGGUAUUUUCCUUAAGAUGAUCAAUUCUUGGAUCCCUUCAGCCUCUCCAGAAGCUCAGAACAGCACUACUACACCAGUAGUAGGCUUCAGCCAGUACAUAUAUGAAAGCGUUCUACCAGUUUGCUUUGAAGUCCCAAUGAAUGUAUCUUUCAAUAUUGGUGAUGGCCAAGCGCUAUUAGUAUUUGGUGAAAUCAGUGGCAUCCAGAAGACGAUGUAUACCAAGCAGAGUGUGGAGUAUGUGGAGUACAUCCGAAACGUAUUCUUCCCCUCAAUUCAAUGCCCUCCAGCUAUUUCAGAAGAAUACUGUCAAGCCAUUCAACAACUCGACCUUCGCGACUUUAAAAAGUAUUUCCAGUCGUUUAUUCAAAAGUCAAAGGGCUAAAUCAUCCUUUGAUGUCACCAUAAAACUUUGUACAAAACCUUAGCUGCUGCUCUUUUCAAUUUCCAUUCUUCAGUUUUGGAAGAUCCUUUUUUCCUUUUACUAUGCACCCCCCAAACCUCUACACUUUGCAACCUUAUGCACCUUCAAUUAGAGAGAUCUUUCAUUUCAACUUUUUUUUUUUUUGAAAAUACGCAGCCUA